AGAGUGAGAGCUCCCUGCUCUGAGAUCAGAGUGAGAGCUCUCUCUCUGAGGAUCUUUGUACGACAACCUGCCGUGUGGACGUCACACGUUGAGCCGCGCGUGGAAGUUCGUCACCGCCGUUGGACCUGAAGAGCUCUCGAGGUUCUGAUCGGUUCCAUUUUUGUUUGGGUUCAAAUUAAGACUCCCAGCGACGGCCUGCUGAUCAUUCAUCGACAAACUCACACUCUGAAGGGUUUUAUCGCCUCUUUAACGGAUACCGGAAACACCUAAAGCGAAAGUUGAGAGUCGAGAUGAGUGUGGAGGCGUACGGGCCGAGCUCCCAGACCCUCACCUUCCUGGACACCGAGGAAGCGGAGCUGCUCGGAGCAGACACCCAGGGCUCCGAGUACGACUUCACCGACUUCACCCUCCCGAGCCAGACCCAAACACAAGGCCAGACACAGAGCCAGCUGGACGGCCAGAUUAAUGGUCCUGAUGAGGGUCUGCUAAAUGGAGGUGUGGAUGACCCUGUGGCCAAAGCCAGCCAGCUGUUGGCCGAGCUCAACUUUGAGGAAGAUGAGGAGGACACAUACUACACCAAAGACCUGCCUGUGCACGCGUGCAGCUACUGUGGGAUCCACGAUCCAGCGUGCGUCGUGUACUGCAACACCAGCAAGAAGUGGUUCUGUAAUGGACGUGGCAACACAUCGGGCAGUCACAUCGUUAACCACUUGGUGAGGGCCAAAUGCAAAGAGGUGACGCUGCAUAAAGAUGGGCCGCUGGGCGAGACCGUGCUGGAGUGUUACAACUGCGGCUGUCGCAACGUCUUCCUCCUGGGCUUUAUCCCAGCCAAGGCCGACUCUGUGGUGGUGCUGCUCUGCAGGCAGCCCUGCGCCAGCCAGAGCAGCCUGAAGGACAUCAACUGGGACAGCUCGCAGUGGCAGCCUCUGAUUCAGGACCGCUGCUUUUUGUCCUGGCUGGUGAAGAUCCCGUCGGAGCAGGAGCAGCUCCGGGCUCGUCAGAUCACCGCCCAGCAGAUCAACAAGCUGGAGGAGCUGUGGAAGGACAACCCCAGUGCCACCCUGGAAGACCUGGAGAAACCGGGAGUGGAUGAGGAGCCUCAGCACGUGCUGCUGCGCUACGAAGACGCCUACCAGUACCAGAACAUCUUCGGCCCUCUGGUCAAACUGGAGGCGGACUAUGACAAAAAGCUAAAGGAGUCCCAGACCCAAGACAAUAUAACAGUCAGGUGGGACCUGGGUCUGAAUAAAAAGCGGAUUGCCUAUUUCACACUGCCCAAGACGGAUUCAGGUGAUAUGAGGCUGAUGCAGGGAGACGAGAUCUGCCUGCGGUACAAGGGAGACAUGGCGCCGCUGUGGAAGGGCAUCGGCCACGUCAUCAAAGUUCCUGACAACUACGGGGAUGAGAUUGCCAUCGAGUUGCGGAGCAGUGUUGGAGCACCUGUUGAAAUCCCCCACAACUUCCAGGUGGACUUUGUGUGGAAGUCGACUUCCUUUGACAGGAUGCAGAGCGCCCUGAAGACGUUUGCCGUGGAUGAGACCUCCGUGUCCGGAUACAUUUACCACAAACUGCUGGGUCACGAGGUCGAGGACGUCACCAUCAAGUGCCAGCUGCCGAAGCGCUUCACUGCCCAGGGCCUGCCCGACCUCAACCACUCACAGGUGUACGCUGUGAAGACGGUGCUGCAAAGGCCUCUCAGUCUCAUCCAGGGUCCUCCUGGAACCGGGAAGACUGUCACCUCUGCCACGAUCGUUUACCACCUGUCCCGGCAAGGCAACGGACCGGUCCUGGUGUGCGCUCCCAGUAACAUCGCUGUGGAUCAGCUGACUGAGAAGAUUGACAAGACAGGACUGAAGGUUGUCCGGCUGUGUGCCAAGAGCAGGGAGGCCAUCGAGUCACCGGUGUCUUUCCUUGCUCUGCACAACCAGAUCAGCAACAUGGACAGCAUGCCGGAGCUUCAGAAGCUGCAGCAGCUGAAGGACGAGACCGGCGAGCUGUCCUCCGCUGACGAGAAACGCUACAGAGCUCUGAAACGCACGGCCGAGAGGGAGCUGCUCAUGAAUGCUGAUGUUAUAUGCUGUACCUGCGUCGGGGCCGGUGAUCCACGUCUGGCCAAGAUGCAGUUCCGCUCCAUCCUGAUCGACGAGAGCACUCAGGCCACUGAGCCCGAGUGCAUGGUGCCCGUGGUGCUCGGAGCCAAACAGCUCAUUCUGGUGGGCGAUCACUGCCAGCUUGGUCCUGUAGUGAUGUGUAAGAAAGCAGCCAAAGCAGGUCUUUCCCAGUCCCUGUUUGAGCGCCUGGUGGUCCUGGGGAUCCGGCCGAUCCGCCUGCAGGUCCAGUACCGCAUGCACCCGGCUCUCAGUGCCUUCCCCUCCAACAUCUUCUACGAGGGCUCGUUGCAGAACGGCGUCACCGCAGCUGACCGGAUAAAGAAAGGCUUCGACUUCCAGUGGCCUCAGCCGGACAAGCCGAUGUUCUUCUACGUCACUCAGGGCCAGGAGGAGAUCGCAAGCUCUGGAACCUCCUACCUUAACAGGACGGAGGCUGCCAACGUAGAGAAGAUCACCACCAGGCUGCUGAAGGCCGGAGCCAAGCCGGACCAAAUUGGCAUCAUCACCCCGUACGAGGGUCAGCGCUCAUACCUGGUUCAGUACAUGCAGUUCAGCGGCUCCCUGCACACCAAACUCUAUCAGCAAGUUGAGAUCGCCAGCGUGGACGCCUUCCAGGGCAGAGAGAAGGACUUCAUCAUCCUGUCGUGUGUCCGCGCCAACGAGCACCAGGGCAUCGGCUUCCUGAACGACCCGCGUCGUCUCAACGUGGCGCUGACCAGAGCCAAGUACGGUGUGAUCAUCGUGGGGAACCCCAAGGCCCUCUCCAAGCAGCCUCUGUGGAACAACCUGCUGAACAACUACAAGGAGCAGAAAGUCCUGGUGGAGGGACCCCUCAACAACCUGAGGGAGAGCCUGAUGCAGUUCAGCAAGCCGCGCAAGCUCGUCAACACCAUCAACCCCGGUGGACGCUUUAUGAGCACUGCGAUGUACGACGCCCGUGAGGCGCUCAUCCCUGGCUCAGCCUACGACCGCAGCAAUGCCGCAGGCCGUCCCUCCAACAUGUACUUUCAAACUCACGACCAGAUCGGGAUGAUUGGUGCGGGCCCCGGUCACAUGGCCGCCAUGAAUCUCCCCAUACCUUUCAACCUGGUGAUGCCACCGAUGCCUCCGCCCAGUUACCUCGGCCAGACCAACGGCCCUGCUGCAGGACGUGGAGCCAUGAAGGGUAAACCUGGUCGUGGCGGGCGGCAGAGAGUCCGCGGCUCAGGGGGCCAGGGUCCCGGUCAAGGUAACGGACCAAACAGCCAGGCCAGCCAGGAUGGGGCCUCCCAGUCCUUCUCCCAGGGGCCCCUGACGCAGGGCUACAUCUCCAUGAGCCAGCCUUCUCAGAUGAGCCAGCCCGGUCUGUCCCAGCCUGAGCUGUCCCAGGACAGCUACCUGGGCGAUGAGUUCAAGUCCCAAAUCGACGUGGCUUUGUCCCAGGACUCGACCUACCAGGGCGAACGUGCAUACCAACAUGGCGGGGUGACUGGACUGUCACAGUAUUAGAGUGUCACUUGAUGAAGGGAGCUAGGCUUAAGCUGAGCUUAGUUCAUCAGCUUUUUAAUCUGGGAAAUAAUAAAAACAUAAAAUGGAUACCUGUUUUCCUCUGCUACAACCGAAGCACCACCGAGUGAAAGCGACGGGAUAGCGAAACCAAACCAAUGACCAGCGAGAGAAAUAAGAGGGUAGAAGAAGAAGACGAGGGCGCGAACGGACGGGCAAGAGAGGCCGAGAGAACACGAGAGAGGCAGGGGACCGCUGUCCGGGAAAAGAGAAGGAGGGAAGUCGAGAGAAGAGGAAGAAGGGCAGCGAGUGGUCGAGCUGCUGAGGAAAACGGAGCGGAGAUCUCCAGGGUCUCCAAAUGAGGCUCAACUCCCAACAAAAUAAUCCAGCCAACCCCCUUCAACCCAGCGCCGCCUCCGGGGACGGAAGCAAAGCGGCCUCAUGUUCAGACGGACAUCAGAGCUCACCAGCUGAAUUCGGAGAACUUGUUCUUAAAACGUGCGGGAGGCACGAUCACAGGAAGUCACAAAAACCCCCGUCCUAAAAGCAUUUAGUACUCCACUUGUGUCUUUUAAAUUUGGUUUGUCAUGGGAGGAGAGAGAGGCAACAACAACAAUCUACCGGUGGGCCCCGAAAAACCUCAGCAGCCUCUGAAGGAAGCGACAGUCGACACACACUCUCAAAGAGGAACUGAAAACCCGGUUUCUGUGCUUGGGUCUGGGAUUAAAGAGCCUUGAAAUGAAAACCUUUUCUUGCUUGAGAACCACUGACUCAGUCACGACCUCUUUAACGGGGGCGGUUUCGACCACACAUCAGUGGGGGAGCAGCAACAGGGAUUUCGGACUGUUUUUCAAGGCAUGACGCGACGAUCCCGACGAUAUGGCGAUCUUCAUGGGACAGUUUUUUCUUCUCUGAAUUACCUUUCUUAUCACUGAGCACAAAAUUGCAAAAAAAAAAAAAGUCAUCGAAACUAUCAAACAUGACCAGCAUUGGUGAUUCAACUCAGUGUCAUUUGAUGUUUCAGCGAAGGCUUUUCCUUUCUUUUAAUCGUAUGAAAGCGGGGUUGUUGAUGUCCCACAGUGCUUCAUGACCAGACGUCUUUCUUUUUCUUUCUUUUUUAACACUCUGUACGCUUAGAUUGGCAAAUGCUUGAACGCUUUGCAAAGAUUGAUCCCUCAGGGGAGGGUGUGGACGGUCCACACUCGGCAUACGAAUCCCCUCUUGAGGUGAAUGAAACCAAACAAGAUGAAGGACAGGAGGCGGGGCUUUCAGGCGGUCGUGGCAAUCAAUCCACCACAGGUAAGACGUGGAAAAGGAAGGUGGCUGAGAGAGAGGGAGAGGGAGAGAGAGAGGGUGAGUGUUUCCACAUGUGGGACAGGAGUUGAAGUCAUUGCCAGGGUUGAAAACGUAAAGGGGGGGAUGUGGUGGAUGGUUCAGUUCCAAUAGACACGAUAAAUGUAGGUGUCACUUCACACAGCGUUUAGAUAUCAGAGCAUGCAGCUGACGGUCCGACUGCACAGCCACAUGAGUUUUAAAAUGAUCACAAAGACUUUCACCAAUGAAAUUUAUCUCAACUUCAACCCCGACCCUGUAAUUUAGAACUCUUUGGUUGCUGUGUGAGGUCACGUUUAAUCACACGCGGUUGAUUUCAGUGGAGAAGCCAUCAGAAUCGUUGAGAUGAUGAAACCUGAAUCAGUGCCUAUAACCAAUCACCUUCAGAUGAACAGCUGCAGCACAAGCAUGAAUGUAGUUCAAAUCAAACUACCAGCAUUUAUUAUAAAAAAAAAAAAAACCUUCCACACACCAGAGGGCUCAACAAACCCACAGAAAAGGACUUUUAUUUUUUUAUGGAAACGGGGCCGACGAGCCGAGCAGCUGGGUUGUUUCUCAAAAGGAUGGGCGGAUGAUAAAAAGCCACCUUCCUUCUCUGUGGAGGAAAACAAACGGAGGCUGGUAGACUUUCUUUUUUUUGUUUUUUUUCCUUCUGUGGAUUUUUUUGAUUUGUGCAAAAAGCUGUUUAGCCUGCGUUGUGUUUCAUGUAGAGUUCCUCUGAGAUUUACAUGGAUUCUUUAAACCUUCCUCCUGAAGAACUUUGUGAACCUUGAGUUGAUCCAAACAUAGCUUUUGUCAGACAGUUUGCUGCUUUGUGCGUCAUUCUUUUCGUUUCUCUAGGUGUUAUUUAGCCAUCGUGUGUGGAUUUACUAAAAGUGUGUUUUUGUAGCGACUAACUGACUACAGGAAUGAGGCAGACACUUUCUCUCCGUUAGUUUUCUAUCUUCUCCUCCAACUGUCUGAGGGAGCGUAGUUUGUUUUUUAACUCUUCCAGAGAAGCUACUUUCUGACCACAGUAAGAAUGUACUUCACUGUCGUUUCUAUCCCUCUUGUUUCAGCAGUCAUGUGACAAUCAUGUUGCGAGUACAUGUCGCCAUGUUUAAUUGACUUAGAGAAUAGAUGUUUCGUUGACAUUGUGCAAAAAAAAAACCCCUCCCCGUUCCACUGAAACCUGACAUGUUAUAGCUUUAAAACCUGCUGCCGUAAUGUUAUUGCUGUGGUGUUUUUUUUCCAUCUUCUGAGCCACCUUGAGUUGCAACAUGAGCAGUGAUCAUUGAAGACGUGACUCAGCUGUAUAUUAGUCAUUCAACCCUUGACUCUCGAUGUCAGACGGCUGAGAUGAAUUUGAAGAGAGAGCUCAAUGCGAUGUAAAUAAUUUGUCUCAUUUGCAGUGAAGUUUCAUCACAACAUGGUUGUUUCUUGUCAAACUGAAUCAAUAAAGGCUUUCGAUUUGACCACUU